GGUUUCGGCUUUCGCGAUGCCUCCGCCAGCUAUUGCUGCUCAUUACAUACUCACGGCACUUGGGCAUGUGGAUAGACGUGGCGAACGGGUACGCUUUCAUGGGGUAGCAUUAACGGCCCCCACCACCGACCAACCGCCCGCCCGCCCACCGUCACUUCUACACACAAUACACUGGGAGGAACAACAACAUCGGAGCAUUGCACACCACACACACACACACUCACUGCUCUGGUGGCUCGGCCUGCUAAUCGCUUCUGCUCGCCUGCUGGCUGCUUAUGUUUAUUUGUAUAUAUCGAGCAACACAAACGCACACAGCCCAUAUGCAAAGCAAUACCCGCCCGGCACAUCGCAUCGCAUCACAACGCUAGCUACACCACACUACCCUGUACGGCAAAUGGCUGUCCUGCCCCCCGCCGGAUACCAUCCGCAGCCAUCAGUGUUCGGCCAUCAGACGAGCACGUGUCUGGGUAAAAGCUUAGACAACAACCACAAACUUGUUCGAACUGGGGGGAAACUCUCCACUCUCCAAACGGUCGCCUCGGUACAUUUCCAAUGCCUGUUGAUAAGAAUGGCGGGCGAUGCAAAAAGAAAUAAUAAUAAGGGACCGACAGACUUAAUUAUCGUAUGACAGAAAGAAGCCUGCGAGGGGCACGAUGAUCCACACAUGGAGAAAAAAGGCCCAAAUAAACAGGAAAAGCUCUUUUACAAAAGUUUCUUCACUCUCCCCCAAACAUAAAUUAUUUUUAGAUAACUAUAGCAGUACUAGUAACUUUUUUAGUUGAAUCUCCAAGCAAACUAAAACAUAAACCUUGUUUCUGUUUUUCUGAGUGAACAAUAAACAAAAGAAUCGGAUCGGCUUUCACUUUAAUCUGAGGCAACUGCGUUUAGUGCACUUGCAGCGGCGUACGCACAAUCUCGAGCCCAGCCCCAAGAGAAUCCGGAUCUGCAAGAUGCUCCUCCCAGUUCUGUGCUCGGUUGUGGGUGUCGUCCUGAUCGCUGGGACCCAGCUGCCGGUCCUGGGUCUGGCCAUCACCAACGGCCACUGCCAGAAGAACAUCAGUGUCAAGUACCAGGUGCCAGUGACCAAGAACCGAGUCGUAGGCUCCGGAAAUGCUGACAACUAUGUGGUUUACGAGGAGCGGGUGCGUUGGGACAACAUCCAGGUGUGCUGCCCCGGCUACCGCACCAUUCUCUUCGGAUUCUGUGAACCCGUCUGUCAGGAGCCCUGCCCCAUGCACAGCUACUGCGGCGAGCCGGACCGCUGCCACUGUCUGCGCGGCUACGAGCCCUCCCACCUCCACCAGCAGCCCGUCCAUCGGCACCACCAGCUCACCUGCCGCCCGGUCUGUCAGGGCGGGUGUCCGGAGCACAGCCACUGCGUGGCCCACAACGAGUGCCAGUGCCGUCCGGGUUUCAAGGACGCCAGCAGCUGGUUCAGCCUCAGCCUGCGCUGCGAAAGAAUACAGUGCGGCCAUGAGCAGCGCUUCGAUCCUGCCCGUCGGGCCUGCGUCCAGAUCGAAAUGAGCAUGGAGGAGCUGAUGCAGCGCGUCGCCGACCGGCUGGCCAAGGGACUGGAGACGGAGGCCACCACCGAGCCGGAGGAGCCGUAGGUUGAAGUACACUUCAUGCCGUAGGUUGAAGUACACUUCAUGUCAUUCUAUACCUUUUAAGUCGCCCCAAAGUGUGUCUAUUUAAUUUUUCUCUAAGAGAUCUUCAAGAUUGGAUAUUAAAUCACGCUAAGCUGAAAAAUGGAUCUUAAUAUAAAUAAAAAAAUAAAUAUAUAUUCUACCAACCUUAAAAAGCUAGUGUCUAAAAUAUAAAUUUAUAUCCCUUCAACCCUUGAAGCCCUCAGCAUACAUCCUUUAUAUUUAGCUACAAGUUUAUUGUCGCUCUUCAGGCAAUAAAAAACAGUUGGCACAACCAA